AUGGCUCAGCAACCACAGCCGCAACAGUCGAUCCCGGGGGCGUCACACAAACGCCACCGCUUCAAACGCAGCAUGAGGGUCCGUGUCUCUACAGAGAGCUCCAUGACUCUGUCUGGUUGUGGAGGUGGUGGAGGGGGGGCUGGGUCAUUCCCCUUGCCCCUGGAGAACCCCAAGGACCAGGAGAGGCUCCAGCCCACACCCCUCCAGCCCAGUCCCAACCCGCACAGGAAGGUCCAUCCUGGGGCUGGCGUCCUGAGGAGGACCCCUGCACUGUCCCCCAUGUCGGCCGAGGAUGAGGAUCUCGUGCCUGUACCGCCACCGGCCCCAACAGAACCUCCAGUGACGGAGGUAAAGGAGGUCCUAUCUGCUCCAGACGAGCCCAGCAUCGAGGAGGCGUGUUUGGCCUUGGAGGGCCACCUGGCCCCCUCUCUGGCCCAACUGGACAGCAGCAGCUCUUUCAGCAGUCUGGAGGAAGAGGACCCAGAAGCAGAAGCAGAGGAUCAGUUCUUCAAACAACCAAACCCCAACCCUCAGCGCCGUCCGCCCCUUGUGCGCUCGCGGGGGGGUCACGGAGGCCUGCAGAGGAUGAGCGCGGCGUUCGUGUGUUUCUUCGCUCCGGAGAAGAGGCUCGCCAGGCUGGUGGAGGAGCUGUCCAGGGACCGGAGGUCUGCGUUUGGUUCCCUGGUCCAGGAGUUCCUCCAGAGGCAGAAAGAGGAGCUGAGAGAGGUCCUGGCCCAGGCUGCCUCUUCAUCAUCAUCGUCUUCCUCGCCAAAGUCCUCCUUGGCGGUGCUCCAGGGGCUGCGGCGCUUCCUGUCCCAGGCCAAGAGCUUCCUGCUGGACAGCGGAGAACUGUCACCCCCCCUAGAGACCCUGGUGCCUGACAACGAGAAAGACCUAGCCCUGGAGAAGGCCAUGUUCGGCUGUGUGCUGAAACCUCUGAGGCUGCUGCUAGACCAGACCCUCCUCUCCCUCCACAGACAGGACGGCUCCACCCAGCACCUGGUCUCUAGUCUCCUGGCCUGCCAAGAGGGGGCGAUGGAGCGCCUCGGAGUGCUGGUGGGCGUGCCCGACACCCGCGGCGUGGAGAGGGUGAGGCAGAAGCUGGGCCUCAUGCAGCGCACCCACUCACCCAUAGACAAGGUGCUGCUGCUGCUGCAGGUCUGCAAGUCGGUCCAGAAGGCCAUGGGGGCCCUCCAAGACGGUGGACAGGAAGUGAGCUCGGAGGACUUCCUGCCAGCGCUGUCCUAUGUGAUAGUGAUGUGUAACACGCCUCAUAUCUUACUGGAGGUGGAGUACAUGAUGGAGCUGCUGGAGCCCUCCUGGCUCACUGGGGAGGGUGGCUACUACCUGACCACUGUCUAUGCCAGCCUCUGUCUGAUCCAGAGCCCUGAAGCGAAGGGGGACCAGGUCCCCCCAGGAGGUCUGACCCGAGAGGCCCUGGACGGGCUGAGGGAGUGGGGCCGCAGACGCAGCCUGGAAGCCAAGAGCAACCAUGAGAGACAACAGAACCAGAGGUGUGUUCGGGUACUGUUCCAGGACGGCGAGCGCAGCGCGGUGCGGACGCUGCAGUGGAGAGCCGGGGAAAGCAGCGAGGCCCUGGCCCAGCUCUGUGCCUCCACCUUCGGCGUCUCCGAGCCCCAGGACUACACCCUCUACUGGAGGUCCGGAGGGGAGAUGAGGACCCUUCCCCCCCAGACACAGCCUCAGGACCUGGCCAGCCACAGUGAGGGAGGCCCCUCUCUCUCCUACCUUCGCACGGACCACGACUUCAGCAAGAUGCGGCGCCUGACCAGAGGGGGAGCUGUGGACCUGGGGGAGUCCGUGUGUGAGGAGUGAAGGAGGGAGGAAGAGGAGGGGGAAGAGUUCUUCUCGGAUCUCAGCGUUUUUCGAUUGGUUGAUUGAUUAAAAAAGCUGUGUUGUGUCUUGGACGUGUUGUCAUAACUACAGCUCUCACUAAAGACUAAGGGGCAAGUCUCAAAUGGCACCCUAUUCCAUAGUGGAGGUUUAAAAGUAGUGCACUGCACUGUAUGGGCUCUGGUACGAAAUAGUGCACUACAGUGGCUUUAAUGUAUGUUGAAAGUAGUUCACUAUAUGGUUAAUAGUGUGCCAAAAGUAGUGCACUACAUGGAGAAUAGGGUGUCACUUGAGACUGAGCCUUAGAUAAAGGGCAGGUUGGUUGUCUAUUAUUCACAUCACUUCUGUCAAUCUGCUGCUCCUUCGUUGGAACCAUAGAAUUAGAAUGAAUUCUAUAAAUUAUAUUUCUAUGUUCAGAACCCUGUUGUUGAGGGUUGGGUGGAGGGGGGUUGCUAAACCACUAGCUACAGGUAUGUCCUUAGGAACUAUUGCUACUGUAGUGUAAGAGCAACAUAAAUAUUUUUUACAAGACCGAACCUCAAUACCAAAGUUAAGAAAGUAAAGUCAUACACAUAGGAAUGUGUGCAGCUCAGAGGACAAUCUUUGCUUUAACGUAAGAUGGACCUGGUUCUUUUGACUUAUUUACGCAAACGCCAUGAAGCCAUUUUGGAUUGUGAGUCUGAGGUACUGUUGAUGUUGGCUCUGCCAUCUCUAGUCACUUACUGUUGACAGGCUUGGGGGAAAACCAUUUUUAACUUUACAAAUAGAAAACCGGUUUGAGGACUUUUGUUGAAUAGCACAAUAUUUCCUUGGUUUAAGAUUUUUGCCAACUGAAUGUCUCUUUAUGAUAAAAAGGGACACAUUUGUCAAAAUAAUUGCUUUUUUCUGUUUUACUUUCUAUUACUGUUUCUAUUGAACUGCUAUAAUAUUCCAUGACAAAAGGAGCUUCUGAGAGAAAAGACAAUCUACAUGACAACGGCCAAUAAAACUGGGACCAUGUUAUGCCUCAUGGUGAUUGGUUGAAUGUAAACUCACCUAAGUGGCCAUGGCGACGACCCCUGCUGCAGAUCAUCUUUGCCAACUGACUGUUCAACUUAAUGUUAACACUUAUGAUCAUGUAUUAUUACAAUAAUUAAUUGUUAAAAAAUGUGGAAUAGUUAUAUUGAAUAUAAAUCACUGGUUUAUAAAAAGGAAAGUGAAAUAUUUACCUUUAUGAAAGUUUUUACUGGAGGAGGGUUAAUUUAAAGACGAACAAGGACACUUUUUAUCUGAGGACUAUUGCAUGCAGUUUUAAUUUAAUGUAAAGAUUUUGGUGGUUUCGUAUGUGAUGCAUGUCUUGAAUGUGUUGAAAAAGGCAACAUUAUGGCAUUCACUAUUUCAUUGAAUGUAUAACACAUUGCUGUAUUUUGUCCAGUAAUACAAAAUCGCAAUAAAAUUGCAUUAUCUGUUCAUAGUGCUAUGACA